CGUGGUGCUGAAAUCUCUAACGCGCACUCCCACUCGCGCCACACACACACUGCGACUUCAGCACUGAAAACACGCACGUCUAUUCACAAAUAAUGGAGGUUCAUUUGAACGGAUUCUCGUGGAAACUUUUUCUACUUUCUUACUUAUUUCUGGAGUGCUUGUCCCAGGACUUUGGACAACAAACCCAGUUCAUUUGCACGUCGGUACCCAAGGAUAUGGACAUAUGUUCGGCGACGUUACAAAACAGUGUUCCGGGGGAGGAUUUAAAGACUACGGUCAUGCAGCUCCGAGAAACAGUACUACAGCAGAAGGAAACCAUUAUGAACCAAAAAGAGACCAUACGGGAAUUAACCUCCAAGCUCACGCGCUGUGAGAGUCAGAGCGGGACGGACUCCGGAGAUUCUCGAGGCGGCGGACGACGGAAAGAGUCCGGUACUAAGAACACCAUGGGGGAUGUAUCCCGAGGUCCGUCAGACACACUAACGCAGUUGUCACAGACUUUACAGUCUCUCAAACAGAGAUUGGAAAAUCUAGAGCAAUUCAGCCGAAAUAACAACUCGGUGCAGGCGAACAGUCUCAAGGACCUGCUACAGACCAAGAUAGACGACCUGGAGAAGCAGGUGCUGUCCCGCGUGAACACUUUGGAAGAGGGCAAAACGGGGCUGCGCAACGAGACGGAGCAACGCGGCCGCGUGGAGUCCACUCUCACGUCGCUCCACCAGAGGAUCACGGACCUGGAGAAAGGCUUGAAGGACAACAGACCGCUGGAUAAAUUCCAGCUGACCUUUCCGCUGAGAACCAACUACAUGUACGCGAAGGUGAAGAAGAGCUUACCGGAGAUGUAUGCAUUCAGCGUGUGCAUGUGGCUCAAGUCCAACGCCUCCCCGGGGGUUGGCACUCCGUUCUCGUACGCCGUCCCCGGUCAGGCUAACGAGCUGGUGCUCAUCGAGUGGGGCAACAACCCGAUGGAGCUCCUCAUAAACGAUAAGGUGGCGAAGCUGCCGUUCCUCAUCAACGAUGGGAAGUGGCACCACAUCUGCGUUACCUGGACGACGCGUGAUGGCGUGUGGGAGGCGUUCCAGGACGGAGUGUCCAGGGGAACAGGAGAGAACCUGGCCCCGUACCACCCCAUCAAACCCCAGGGGGUCCUCAUCCUGGGGCAGGAACAGGACACGCUGGGCGGUGGUUUCGACGCAACGCAGGCAUUUGUGGGUGACCUGGCCAACUUUAACAUCUGGGACCGCAAGUUGUCCAUGGGCGAGAUCUACAACCUGGCCACCUGCAGCAGCAAGGCACAGGUGGGCAACGUCUUCUCCUGGCUCGAGACCAGCAUAGACAUCUACGGUGGAACCUCCAAGUGGACAUUCGAGGCGUGUCGCCAGCUCAACUGAACCGCACGGAAUCCCUCGCCACGCAACCAUGCGAGACUGCACAGAACCCCACCCGACCAAUAAGGAGAGAGCAGGAGCAAGGAACCUUCUCCUGAAUCAAGGGGUGCAGAUUCCCAAAUGUUUCUUUGCAACUGGUUUUAAGAAAACGAAAACAGAACAACAAAAGAAAACAAAAACAUAACAACAAAAAAUGAGUAAAUAAAUAAAGGACAGAGGACACAGGGGGUUUUAAAAGACACUAAGAGCAUGACUGCCAGCCAAGCAAAUCAGUGGAUUUUCUAGUAGAUGUUUAAGAUUCUUCUUCUGACACUUGUGUAUUUUUCUGCUCCUAGUCUCAGUUAGCUUGUCUGCUAUCCUCCAUUUUGAGUGAGUUUUCCAGAGUUUUCUGACUAAUCAGUAGGCUAACACUAGAGUGGGUUAGCUUGUCUGCUAUCCUCCAUUUUGAGUGAGUUUUCCAGAGUUUUCAGACUAAUGAAUAGGCUAACGCUAGAGUGGGUUAGCUUGUCUGCUAUCCUCCAUUUUGAGUGAGUUUUCCAGAGUUUUCAGACUAAUGAAUAGGCUAACGCUAGAGUGGGUUAGCUUGUCUGCUAUCCUCCAUUUUGAGUGAGUUUUCCAGAGUUUUCAGACUAAUGAAUAGGCUAACGCUAGAGUGGGUUAGCUUGUCUGCUAUCCUCCAUUUUGAGUGAGUUUUCCAGAGUUUUCAGACUAAUGAAUAGGCUAAAGCAAUCAGGAGAGCACCGUGUUUCACAAACCAUUCGGUCGACAUAUUCAUUCUGUUGUAAUGCUAGAACCCUUUUCUUCUGUAAUUUCCCUUGAGCAAUGGCCAGGCAGGUUAUGCCUUUUACCGAACAUACACACACACACACACACACACACACACACACACACUCACUCAUGCACUUACACCCCCCCACCCCACCCCAACCCACCUGACACCUCUCACUGUGACCUACAGGUGGACCUAAAACAAGAAUGUAAACGAACUUGACACACAAAGCUUUUUCUUUUUUCUAAUCUAUCUGCAGUUACUUUAUUGUGGUUGUUUUCCUAUGUUCCAGCACCAUUGGUAUAUACUACAAAUCAUUAUGAUUAUAAGUAGUGUGUGUGUGUGUGUGUGUGUGUGUGUGCGUGUGUUUGCUCGGUAUAUACUACAAAUUAUUAUGGUUAUAAGUAGUGUGUGUGUGUGUGUGUGUGUGUGUGCUUGGUAUAUACUACAAAUCAUUAUGGUUAUAAGUAGUGUGUGUGUGUGUGUGUGUGUGUGCUCAGUAUAUACUACAAAUCAUUAUGGUUAUGAGUAGUGUUCCACUUGUCACUCUUUCUUGUUGUCUGUGGUAAAUUACUUACUUGCCAAUAUGUUAAAAAGCCUUGGUGCCUUGGGCGGCUGAAGGAAUCGAUGGAGCGAGAUGUGUAUGUGUGUGUGUGUGUGUGUGUGUGUGUGUGUGUCUGCUAUCCCAUAAUAAGUGUUUCUACCUGAGUGUGUGUAUCUGUACAGACUUGAGCCAUUCUGAGCAGACAUACUGGAUAUUUUCACACACUGUUUUGCCACACUGAUGAAAAACGGAACUGUGUGCAUGUGUGUGCUUUUCUGUGUGAGUAUGUGUGUGUGUGUGUGCAUGUGUGUGCUUUUCUGUGUGAG